CUUAACUAACCUAAGGAACCUUUUACCUGUGACCUUGGGGGAAAUUCUCUAAAUAUUCAGACAUUUUAGACAUCUGAGAACAUGUUUAGAUUCUUGCUUCCUGUCUGCCCCCAUGGCCAACUCUGAUCCUUAAUCAUGGAGAAGCUUUCUUGGGCUCUGAUUAAUGAACUUUCCCCCAGAAAAACCGAAGGUGUAUCAAGGGGUCCGGGUGAAGAUCACAGUGAAGGAGCUGCUGCAGCAGAGGAGGGCUCACCAAGCGGCAUCAGGGGGAACCUUGUCCCGGAGCACCAGCGUCCAGCUUUCAGAAACAGUUUCGCCUUCUUCUGCAGCCCCCUAUUUUGAGCCAGAGACUAUUUCUCCGGCUCCCAACUAUUUUCAGCCUCGACAGUUUUCCAGUUGUGCAUCCUGUGAAGAAAAUCCCAGCUGCCUUGACCAGGUCUUUGAGUCCUACCUUCCAACAGAGACGCUCCUGGACCACUCACUGAGCUCCACACAAGGCGUCCCACCAUGUUUCCAGGACAGCUUUCAGGCCACCCCUUUCUGCUUUAAUGAGAGCCUGGCACCAGCAUCACCCUCUGAAUCAUCCACUCUGUCCAGUCCUCUGCAGUACAGUUAUUCCCUACCUCAGCAACCAUCCUUGGCUCCAGUGACUUACAGCUCUCCUUCCUCCCUGGACACCAGGAACUGUGGGUAUCCCCCAGAAGAGUACUCAUACCAUCAUUUCCACUCUCAUCCCCAGUACGGUUGUUGCACCUCUUCCUCUUCUUCCUCUGUCUGUUACUGCACAUCAUGGGACACAGAGCACCUGGACACCAUCAAAGUAUCAGAGUAUUUCUCCUAUUCAGAUACAGACUAUAUAGACUAUUCCCAUUCCCUGCCGACAGCCGUGGCCGAUGAUUUCUAUAGAAGGGAAGCAGAUUGUGACAUCUGCUACAGUUAGUGGGAAUGGGAUUUCUUUGAAGUAUUAUACGUGUAUAUUUUGCUACUCAAGUUAGAUAACAUCUCAAAAAAUGCCAUCUAGGAAUGGAGAUCACCGAGUUCAGUUUACACCUUCACUACAGUUUUUUUUUUUUUUAAUAUCCUGACAUUAACUUAGUCAUUGAUAAUAAAUCCUGCCAUAGCUACACUUCUGCCUUGUACACUUACAGUUAAGAUUCCUUAAAGAAAACUUUCA